AUGGCAGGGUGUAAGUCUCAGUGGUCCCAGAAGUUUCAGAUAAUUGUAGAUGGACCAGAGCCAGUCCAGGAUGGAAGUGGACUCAGUGUUUGAUUGAGACCCAUCAGCUGUCAGGGGCCGCUAUAAGACAGAAAAUGAGCCAUCCUAUGUCAGUGUUUGAUAUUUGUCCAACUUUGAAAACUUAAAAUCAAAACUAAAGAUUUUUUUUCAUCAAGCUAAUCAGACAUGUUGAUUUAAAGAGACUUUUUUAUUUUACUCUUACUCAUUUGAACAACAGUGUUUAUGUGAUAGAUAAUUGUGACGACCACAGUUUAUUUAUGGGAGAGUCUCGGGGGUGUAACUCAUUCUGGACUCAUCAGAUCCUGUUUGAGGCUCCAACAAGGUUUCUGUCAGUCCUGAAUAUUUGUGUCAUGUUAUUGAGAGGAAUGAGAACUGAAGUGUCCUGUGGUGUAAAGCUUGUUGUACUGACUGAGUAUGUUGUUGUGUUUGUGUGAAGGUGGGGGCUCUGCUAUGAAUCAGUGUGAGGACAGAGAGGAGGGGGCCCCUCCCUCUAAAACCACUCUGUGGGGGGAACAUGAGAGCCAGACCAAAGCUCAGAGGUGAGAUGAGGAUCUCCAACUGUCCAUGACUCUUCUCCAUGUCAGAGCUCAGCACUCACAUCACUCCACCAUCACUAUUAUUCACACUCAGACCUCUGUCUGUCUGUCUGUCUGUCUGUCUGUCUGUCUUAUUUGUUGGCUUGUAUUUGUUCACUGUACAACACCAGUAUGUUUUUGACCGUUUGACUAUUUUGUCUAUUUGAGCAGAUCAGCCUUCUACUGAGAAGGUAUUAGAUGGAUAUGAAAGUGAAGGGACAUAGGCAGACAUGCUGCUAGAGGAAGAGCAUUUUGUGUAGUUCUUCUCCUUCCCUGCCACAAGGUAGAGGGUUUCUACCUUUAUCAGCAGAAUACAUAUCUCAAAGUUUCUCUAACAGUGUCAUAAAGGUCAGUAUUUUAGAAGUAUAUUUAUUUGUUUAAAGAUAAACUGCCCUUUUGUGAGUUUGAGACCCUGCCCCUCUAAAAUCCUGCGCAUGUCUCUUCCUAAGGAUAUGACUGCAACAAGGACUCUCACCAAAGUCAAGUAAGUACAUGUUUGAAGGAGUGUUGUUGUCUGAGCCAUUUACACUAUGAUAAUGGGCUGUGAUUAGGACCAUCUAGUGGUCUGAUUGUAGAACUACAUCAUGUGAUUUCUGUGAAAUCUGCACUGACUUGUUUCUUGAUCGGACAGGUUCUGACGUCACUCUGAAGUUAUGAGGAUGUGACGGCGUCCUCAGAUCAAACGCUCACAGACACCAGGACUGACGAGGGACAAACAAGCAGCUUCUUCUCUCCACACAUGACGGUGGAAAGUGUCUGUAAGCUGACCUGAACUCUCUUCAACAGGUGAGGAUCCUUCCAGAGAAAUCUGAUCAUGUCUGAGGAUCAGGAUCUGUGUGCUCACAUGGUGCUGGAUCACUGUUGAAGUGUAGAAAUCUUUCUUGAUGCUGAUUGGCUGUUUGACACAUGUUGUAGAAUUUCUCUCUGAGUUAAAGAGCAGUGAUUUCAGACAGAUCCACCUGCUCUAUAGUUGGUGUUUGUGGAGUCGACUCAGCAGCAGUUCGACAGUAAUCUGAGUCACACCAUCAGGGAAAAAUGCAGGGAGUGUCUGAACUGGUCUGACAGCCUGGAUCGACUUGGCUCAGGUGCUUUUAUUUUGAAACGGUUGAUACUCUGAGGUGAACGGUUCAAAGGUCAGAUCACUUCCAGCACUAAGACUGACUGAGUUUUACUGGAGACAUAGCAGGGUGUAAGUCUCAGUGGUUCCAGAAGUUUCAGAUAAUUGUAGAUGGACCAGAGCCAGUCCAGGAUGGAAGUGGACUCAGUGUUUGAUUGAGACCCCUCAGCUGUCAGGGGCCCCUAUAAGACAGAAAAUGAGCCAUCCUAUGUCAGUGUUUGAUAUUUGUCCAACUUUGAAAACUUAUAAUCAAAACUAAAGAUUUUUUUUAAUCAAGCUAAUCAAACAUGUUGAUUUAAAGAGACUUUUUUAUUUUACUCUUACUCAUUUGAACAACAGUGUUUAUGUGACAGAUAAUUGUGAUGACCACAGUUUAUUUAUGGGAGAGUCUGGGGGCUGUAACUCAUUCUGGACCCAUCAGAUCCUGUUUGAGGCUCCAACAAGGUUUCUGUCAGUCCUGAAUAUUUGUGUUAUUGAGAGGAAUGAGAACUGAAGUGUCCUGUGGUGUAAAGCUUGUUGUACUGACUGAGGAUGUUGUUGUGUUUUUGUGAAGGUGGGGGCUCUGCUAUGAAUCAGAGAGAGGACAGAGAGGAGGGGGCCCCUCCCUCUAAAACCACUCUGUGGGGGGAACAUGAGAGCCAGACCAAAGCUCAGAGGUGAGAUGAGGAUCUCCAACUGUCCAUGACUCUUCUCCAUGUCAGAGCUCAGCACUCACAUCACUCCACCAUCACUAUUAUUCACACUCAGACCUCUGUCUGUCUGUCUGUCUGUCUGUCUGUCUGUCUGUCUGUCUGUCUGUCUAAGACCUGAACAGCAGUAUAGACCAGACUCUCCUGGACCUGGACCCAGCUGUAUGUCCUUCAAGAGUGACCGGUCUAAGGGUCGAUAUAUUGAUUUCAAAGAUGGACAUCAGUCUGAUCAUCAAAAGUAAUAAUCUAUAACAGCAGCACUCAAACCUUAAAGAUUUUCAGUGUUCUUGUUUCUUCAUCAGUGUUUGUGUUUCUGUCAGAGUCAAACAUGAGAGACCAGACUCUCCUGGACCUGGACCUGGACCCAGCUGUGUGUCCUUAAAGAGUGACUGGUCUGUGGACAGACCUAUUAAUUUCAAAGAAGGAGAGAUUUGUGAUGAGCAAAGGUGAGCCUUUCAAACUGAACUUUCUUUUGUUGUGUGUGAAACUUUUCAUCCUAACUGUGGUCAGUGUUUUCUCUGUGAAGGUGAAGAUUUUUCAGGGUUUGUGUUUCUAUCAGGAUCCAACAGCAGUAAACAGGAUCUGAGCCACAAAGACCUGGACUCUGCAUGUAUCUUCAUGUGUGUCUGUAGGAGGAUCCAGCAGUGUUUCUACCAGGAUCCUCUAGAUAGACUCUCUCACAUGUAACCCUGUGUCUCCUUAUAUUAUAUCCACUACAUUAGAUUCUGUUUGUUCCACAGAGUUCAGCAGCAGAGAUCAGAGGUUCCCAUUGGUCAGUCUGCCCAGCAGCAUCAAACACAGCUGGACUCCAUAUUUAUGGUAGGUGUAAAUGUACAAACACAGCUCCUACUGAUCAUCAGAGCAGACACUCAGUAUAUUUGGAGGUUUCUGGAUUGUUUCCUAAUGACUCUGCAAACAUCAUCUCUGCCUGAAUUAUCUUCACACUCACAGUUUGACUGAUUGAAUGAAGCCUCACAUUUAUGACCUGCACAGAGUCAGAGGUCAGAGGUCAUGGUGGAUGGUGGUCUCACAUAGACUCAGACUUUGGCAGCAGAGAGCAGAGUUCACAAACUGAGUCCAGUUUGAGGUUUAAAGAACAGAAAGACUUUGGUUCAUGUCGAUGACAGCUGCUGCUUUCAGCUUCAUUCUAAUAAACACAUCACCUCUAAAGUCACUGCAGACUUUUUCUCCAUGAAACCACACCAGGAGGUUUCUCCAAUAUGAAGGUCAGGUCAUAGAAACUGGAUUUGUAGAAGACAGGACCAUCCACAAAGUCAAUCCUGAAGCAGCAUUGUGAUCCAGUCUCCAUGCUGGACUCUGUAGACCAGCAGGCCUUCUGUCUGUCACAGAUGAUCUGAUGUUCAGUUCUACAAGUUCAAGUUCACAUUUUGUUCUGUUCCAGCUGCUCCAGGAGAACAUGAUCAGCUUUGUAAAGGAGCAGCUGAAGGAGAUCCAGAGAGUUCUGAGUCCAGAUGAACCAGAAUACUUAGAGAGUCCGAGGGAGGAUGAGGAUGAAGAGCAGAGGAGGAGCAGAGAGGCAUUUCUGAAGAUCACUGUGAACUUCCUGAGGAGAAUGAAGCAGGAGGAGCUGGCUGACUGUCUGCAGAGAAGUAAGAGGAUUUAAAGAGAUUUAACAUGAUGGAGACAACAUGGGAGAGGUUUAGAGUUCAGACUCUGCUGUUCAUAUGAUGCACACAUUUGUAUCACAUCUAUGAACUGAGAGAAACUGAUCACAGCUGAUGAGCUGAAGAGAUUUCAGAGAGGAGGGAAAUCAAAUCCAUCCUGAUGUCUUCAAGUGUAAAUUCAUCAGACUGAUUGUAGCUUCAGAUGAUUCAUCACAUUUCUUUUUGUUCAUUCAGGAUCUGCUGCUGCAGAGUGCCGACACAAACUCAAGUCCAACCUGAAGGAGAAGUUCCAGUGUGUGUUUGAGGGGAUUGCUAAAGCAGGAAAUCCAACCCUUCUGAACCAGAUCUACACAGACCUCUACAUCACAGAGGGAGGGACUGGAGAGGUCAACGAUGAACAUGAGGUCAGACAGAUUGAAACAGCAUCCAGGAGAGCAGAGCGACUAGAAACAACCAUCAGACAAGAAGACAUCUUUAAAGGCUCACCUGGAAGACAGGAACCAAUCAGAACAGUGAUGACAAAGGGAGUGGCUGGCAUUGGGAAAACCGUCUUAACACAGAAGUGGACUCUGGACUGGGCUGAAGACAAAGACAACCAGGACAUCCACUUCACAUUUCCAUUCACCUUCAGAGAGCUGAAUGUGCUGAAAGAGAAGAAGUUCAGCUUGGUGGGACUUGUUCAUCACUUCUUCACUCAAACCAAAGAAGCAGGAAUCUGCAGCUUUCAACACUUCAGGGUCGUGUUCAUCUUUGACGGUCUGGAUGAGUGUCGACUUCCUCUGGACUUCCACAACAAUCAGGUCCUGACUGAUGUUACAGAGUCCAGCUCAGUGGAUGUGCUGCUGACAAACCUCAUCAGGGGGAACCUGCUUCCCUCUGCUCGCCUCUGGAUAACCACAAGACCUGCAGCAGCCAAUCAGAUCCCUCCUGAGUGUGUUGACUUGGUGACAGAGGUCAGAGGGUUCACUGACCCUCAGAAGGAGGAGUACUUCAGGAAGAGAUUCAGAGAUGAGGAGCAGGCCAGUAGAAUCAUCUCCCACAUCAAGACAUCCAGAAGUCUCCACAUCAUGUGCCACAUCCCGGUCUUCUGCUGGAUCACUGCUACAGUUCUGGAGGAUCUGCUGAAGACCAGAGAGGGAGGAGAGCUGCCCAAGACCCUGACUCAGAUGUACAUCCACUUCCUGGUGGUUCAGUCCAAACUGAAGAACAUCAAGUAUGAUGGAGGAGCUGAGACUGAUCCACACUGGAGUCCAGAGAGCAGGAAGAUGAUUGAGUCUCUGGGAAAACUGGCUUUUGAGCAGCUGCAGAAAGGAAACCUGAUCUUCUAUGAAUCAGACCUGACUCAGUGUGGCAUGGAUAUCAGAGCAGCCUCAGUGUACUCAGGAGUGUUCACACAGAUCUUCAGAGAGGAGAGAGGACUGUACCAGGACAAGGUGUUCUGCUUCAUCCAUCUGAGUGUUCAGGAGUUUCUGGCUGCUCUUCAUGUCCACCUGACCUUUACCAACUCUGGAGUCAACCUGAUGGAAGAAGAACAACAAACAACAUCUUCAAUCUCUAAAAUCUUCAGUGUCAAACCAAAACUGAAACAUCUCCAUCAGAGUGCUGUAGACCAGGCCUUACAGAGUCUGAACGGACAUCUGGAUUUAUUUCUACGGUUCCUUCUGGGUCUUUCACUGCAAAUCAAUCAGAAUCUCCUGAGAGGUCUGCUGACACACACAGGAAGUAGCUCACAGAUCAAUCAAGAAACAGUCCAGUACAUCAAGAAGAAGAUCAGUGAGGAUCUGUCUGCAGAGAAAAGCAUCAAUCUGUUCCACUGUCUGAAUGAACUGAACGAUCGUUCUCUAGUGGAGGAGAUCCAAGAGUCCCUGAGAUCAGGACGUCUCUCCACAAAGAAACUGUCUCCUGCUCAGUGGUCAGCUCUGGUCUUCAUCUUACUGUCAUCAGAAAAAGAUCUGGACGUGUUUGACCUGAAGAAAUACUCUGCUUCAGAGGAGGCUCUUCUGAGGCUGCUGCCAGUGGUCAAAGCCUCCAACAAAGCUCUGUAGGUGGACACAUGAGAGAUGAAACAUUAUUGUUCAUGAAACUUUGUGUCUGUGCUAAUCACUGAUUCUUCUUCAGGCUGAGUGGAUGUAACCUGUCAGAGAGAAGCUGUGAAGCUCUGUCCUCAGUCCUCAGCUCCCAGUCCUCCAGUCUGAGAGACCUGGACCUGAGUAACACUGACCUGCAGGAUUCAGGAGUGAAGCUGCUGUCUGCUGGACUGAGGAGUCCUCACUGUAAACUGGAAACUCUCAGGUCUGUGUGAAGUUAAAUAUUAAAGUUUAAUCUGUAAAGGAUGCAAAAUAAAACAGACUACUCAGAAACUAAUAAAUAUUUUACUUUUAAAAGGAUAAGUUUGAAUGGUAAAAGUCAGUAUGUUUUUUGAAAGAUUGCCAUUUCAUACCUUUACGAGAUGGAUGAACAAAAGAAACUAACACUCUAAUUACAGAUGGAUUAAGCCUUUAGAAUAAGAUUAAAAUUGUAAUUUAUCAUGAGUAAAGAUUUUUUUUUCCACAAUCGUCCUAUUUUUCCAGAUUAACUGGAUGUAACCUGUCAGAGAGAAGCUGUGAAGCUCUGUCCUCAGUCCUCAGCUCCCAGUCCUCCAGUCUGAGAGAGCUGGACCUGAGUAACAAUGACCUGCAGGAUUCAGGAGUGAAGCUGCUGUCUGCUGGACUAAAGAGUCCUCAAUGUAAACUGGAAACUCUCAGGUCUGUACAAGGCUGAACAUCAAACUUUACCCUGUCUGAUCACAAAACCAAAAAAUCAGAGGUGCAAUUAAAACAGAGAGCUACUUACUGCAGUUUUCUGUAGUUUUAGUGGGGUCAAGUCGAAGGAGUCAACUAAUUCUCUCAGUUCCUUAAGAGGUCUUAUUGAAAUAAGGAGACAGAUAUAAUAAAAAGGAUUUGAUAAUUUUAUGGGAGAGGUAAAAAGAUUCAUGACCUUAUGAUAAUUGAAAAUUCAGAGGAUCUUAUUUGUUCAAAUAUCUUCAUGUCUGUUCAGGUUUACUGGAUGUAACCUGUCAGAGAGAAGCUGUGAAGCUCUGUCCUCAGUCCUCAGCUCUCAGUCCUCCAGUCUGAGGGAGCUGGACCUGAGUAACAAUGACCUGCAGGAUUCAGGAGUGAAGCUGCUGUCUGCUGGACUGAAGAGUCCUCACUGUAAACUGGAAAUUAUCAGGUCUGUGUGACGUUAAAUAUUGAAAUUUGAUCUGUAAGGAAUUAAAAAUAUAUAUGUAAAUAAAUAAACAAGAGAAAAUAAAUGACAUAAAUUGAGAAACUGAAAAUCAUUCAAGUUGUAGGAAGGACAAGACUGAGCAUUAAAAGACAGUCAUUUUUGUUUUUGUUGGCUGUUUUGUACCAUCAUGAGAUAGACACAAAAAUAAUACAAGGCCACACUGAAAAGUAAAAAAGCCUUCAAACAUUAAAACUUGUAUUUAGCCUGUAUAAAUGAAUAUAUUUUUCAAUGUCUUCCUAUUUUUUUAGGUUUACUGGAUGUAACCUGUCAGAGAGAAGCUGUGGAGCUCUGUCCUCAGUCCUCAGCUCCCAGUCCUCCAGUAUGAGAGAGCUGGACCUGAGUAACAAUGACGUGCAGGAUUCAGGAGUGAAGCUGCUGUCUGCUGGACUGAAGAGUCCUCACUGUAAACUAGAAACUCUCAGGUCAGGUUUUCUGCUGAUUGAGUUUUGUAGUUGUUUGAAUGAAAUUGUCUAAAGUUGGUACACUUUUCCUUGUUUCAUAUAUUUUUCUGACUCCAGGUUAACAGGCUGUCUGAUCACAGAAGAAGGUUGUGCUUCUCUGGCCUCAGCUCUGAGCUCCAACCCCUCACACCUGAGAGAGCUGGACCUGAGCUACAAUCAUCCAGGAGACUCAGGAGUAAAACUGCUUUCUGCUGGACUGAAGGAUCCUCUAUGGAGACUGGAUACACUGAGGUAUAACCAGACAGUUACUGGGUCACAGACAACUACAGAUAUAUUUGGUUUCUGCUGCCUGAGGUCUUCACUUAGCAGGUCAUCAUUGGGGACCAUCUUUCUGAUGGACUCUUGAAUGUGAACAGUUUCAUCCUGGAUAGUAGCUCUGAUGCUCAUUACUUCUCAGAAUCCCUCCUUCCUCUUAGUGUAGACCCUCAGGGUUCUGGAUUCAGGGUGAAAACUUCCAUUUGAGUAUUUUGAGGAGCGUUCUUGUCUUGAUGUCAGUGGUCUUUAUAAAGAACCAUUUUUAAAUGCUCUUUAUGGAGGACCGCAAGGGUCGCAGAAAUUAAAUAGAGUAUUUUUAAUUGAAAAGGUUAUUGUACUUUUAAAACAGGAAUUCAUAAGAUGGUUUCCAAAUUCAUGAGUUCAUCCAUGAACAAAUCCAGGAAUUAUAAAAAGAGUCUACAAAUGAAUCCUUAAAACUGUACAAAACUUUAUUCUUUAACCCUUGGUCCUGGUUAAUUUUAAGCUCCAUGCACCCUACUUUGUCUCCAAAACAGAUAAGUGUUGAUUUAAUAAUCAUUUUUAAACAUUUUUUUUUUACUUUUUUCAACUCAUAUCUCUCGAACAACUUCAACCUUGAUCAUUUAAAAAAAUAACGAAUAGAAAAUUCGAUGUGUGACCCUUUUUAUGCCAGUUUUUGUGCGCCAUAUUGCUGCUAUUUUUAAUGGUAAAAAACACAAAAUCACCAUAUUUCCCAUAUAAAAUGACCUAGAUGAAAAUAUUUUUCUUGAUAUGCCUGGGCCAUGUCAAUGAUGAGAAGUAAAACUGAUUUUGUCUCAUUUAAAUUCUUUUUGUAGUGCAAAUUUUUCGUAUCUGAAGCUCCAUCCAGCCGACUUUGUCUCCAAAACAAACAUGCAGAUAAGUGUUCAUAAAAUAAUAUUUUUUUAUUUUUACUUUUUUUUUACUCAAAUCUCUUGAACAACUUCAGCCCUAACCAUUAAAAAAGUAAUGAAUAAAAAAUUCCAUGUAUUUCCCUUUUUAUGCCAGUUUUUGUGCAGCAUGUCAUAUUUAUUGAUGACGUGUUCGUUCUAAUCGGCUGAGUCUGUUGGAGCAGAAAAACACGACAUUUUCACCUCCUUUUCUGGAGCCUCGUCCUCUACCAAAUCAAAUGCAAUUUUGUUUAUAUUUAAUUAAUUUUAUAUAUAGGCAUAUAAAAUCUGAAGAUAUCUGUAAGAUAGGAAUCAUUUAUAAGUGUUUAUCCUCCUCUAACCAAAAUAUGACCGUGAUUACACUGAUAUAAAAAUAACUGCAUAUUUGAGACGUGAUAUCUUCUCCCCUGAUGAUCUGAAGGACCUGUUCAUCCUCAUGCAUGUCCAUCCACCUGCUCUGAAGUGAGGACAAAGUUGAAGUUGUCCAAAUGUCCCCCUCUCUUUGUCUCAUACUGCAGAACUUGGACGUCAGAUUCUCGACUGUAAAAACUGACGUCAUGCCCGGUUCUAAACAUGGACGCAGAUUCUCACCCGUGCACACACGCAGGAGCACACAGACUUCUCCUUCCACACAUAUCCCACUCUUAGACAUCCAUAUCUAGUGUCAUGUAAAGUUUCCUUCAUUUCUGAUGAUGUUUAGUGGAUGAAUCUUCAGACUCUCUCAGUCCAUGAAUGAAGACUUGCGUGCUCAGCGACUCUGAAGGGGUUAAAAUGAUGUGCGGCUCAGUCUGUUGUCUCACUGUGGGAAAGUCAAAUUUAGAGCCCUGCUGAUCGACUGACUGCAGAAAAAAGGUUUAAUAUGUUGUUAUGGAGCCGUAAACACACGCUCAAAAAAACUGUUUUUAAUGGAAGUCUAUUGGCCGAUUUGUGGACAAAGGAGGGUGUGUGGAGCUAAAAUGACGGAGAACUACAGGAGACACUGAAUUUUUUUUAAUAUAUGUACAAAAAUAAGAACUCUCACCAAAUUUGAUGCCCCAAUCUUUAAAAAUGUGACUGUCAGCUCAAAAUAAAGAUGAAAAAAAAGACAAAUGUCCUCAAAACGGACAGAGGAGGAACCGAGGGUUAAAAAAACAUGAAUGUAUUCCCUAAUCAAUAGUCUAAAAAUCAGUCUGAAAAUGCAGUUUUUAAAAAAGAGAAUUAAAGAAGUGAAUUGACAAACUGAAGUAAGAAUACAGCUUUUAAUCAGACAUUUAAAGGACAAUUCCUCUUUUCAUUUCCAUUUCCUGUCUGCUUUUCCUUUUCCUGUUAGCUAAUCGAUUAUCAAAGUCUUUUAUCUUUCCGUUCCUACUCUUUAUUUUUCCUUUCCUCACACUUUGGGCCUUGAGCUGGUAAAACAGGUAAAACUAUGCAGAUGAGCCAUGAAACAAGCUCUCUGAUUGGUUAUAACCUGGCCUAUUACAUACAGAUGUCUGCAGGGAGGUGAAGAUGAUGGAGGAUGAGGAAGAAUAGACCUUAUCCAGUGUUCCAGGUGGAAAGAGGUCCAAACCUGGAUAUUGUGACUCUGUGGUCAUUUCUCAGCUCCCUGAUUGAUGAACAGACACACAGACUAAAAACAGAGAUGAUCAGGAGAGAGAUGGGCUCAUAUUUGAAGUUCAAACACAUUUGACAGUCCUUUAGCCCACGUCAGAACUCAGAGAAGAUGCUUUAUUACACCUGAUGUUACAAGAUGAAGGUUCACAUCUAGUUGAAUGAUCAGAGCAGAACAACAUUCAGAUCUCCUCCAGAUCCUUUAUUUCAUUCAUCCAUACAGACCAGGAUCAACUCUCCUGGCUGACAUGGGAAGGUCUUCUCUUCUUGAUUUUCUGCUCUCUUUGUUUGGUGAACCAUCAAACAAACCCUCAGAGCUACAGAGAAACACCUCCUUCAUACAUCCACCCUCAGUCAGAAACAUGGACUCAAAGUACUGGCUGCAGAAGUGGGUUCAAAGGAGAUCAGAUAGUCUUCAUUGAGCUUCAUCAGCUGAGCUCUACUGCUUUACUGGCACAGCUACAUUCAGUGAGAGCAGCAGCAGACCUGUCAGUCAUGAUCAGGUAAGCUGAGGGGCUGUUUGAGGACAUGCUCUGACUUUGCUCCACUUCCUGUCCAUCCCAAACUGCAGGAAAUCCACCUGCUGUUCCAGGUGUGAUGCUCCUACUCCCUCUGCUCUAGCUGACUCUGAAUGAUCCAAGAAGAGCCUCACACACUCACACGAGUUCAUCUGAGAGCUUUCAUUUCAUCUUCAUUCAUAUUUAGAAGAAGAGAGCCCACUACUUCAUCUCUCUAUCUGCAGACAAGCUUUCAAGUCUAUUUAGAUGGAGCUUUUCAGACCAAAGUGUGGACAGCUGUCCUAAAAGAAGAAAUGAAGGUCUUUUUCCACAGGGUCCAAAUCAAGUCUCCAUGUUGUAGGACAGACCAGCAGCCAGCCUUUGCUCUUUGAAUCUUGUUGUUUUUCUGUGAGUUUCUGUCAGAAAGACUCAGAAAAAGUGACAGAGUGAUGGAGACUGUUGGCUCAGAUGAGUUUCAGCCUGUUUCUCUGUCACAGGGACAAACUGAGGAACUCUGCUUCAUGUUGGACAGCAGGUAGGACUCAUGUUGGACACUCAAUCAUUCUGACUGUGUUUCUUCCUCCAGGGUGGACCAUGGUGGAGAGCAGAGGAUAA